ACGUAGUGUGGUGACAUGCUUCUGAUCGCACGAGCGAAGCAAAAUAUCAUGUCAAUGAUUCAUUAUUCAGGGUUAAGGGGACUCUUUUGGAGAGUAAAUAGACUUAAAUUUAACAACCUUGCAAGGAAAAAACACUUCUCCAAAGUUGUGACAUCACAGCUACGUGGUAAUGUCCAAUGCUGGAACAAGCUGAACUUAUUUCGAAGAUCUUUCAGAGCGUCGUCUCUACUUUUUGAGGAAGAUGGCAAUUUAGAUGAAAAAAGUCCAGAAAGUGCUAAAAGGGUCAGUGGAAUUACGCCAACAGGUGUCGAUAUCAAUACAGUUUUCAACGACGAACCUUCACUCGCAGAGCCCGAAUCUUCAGAAGUUGAGAGUGGUACCCAUGUCUAUGAGUUUGAGCAACCGAUUCCUAAGUGUCUUGGUUGCGGAUCUGCUUUCCAAAGCGAAGAUCCUUCACAGGGAGGCUACGUUAUGCCUUCAAAGAAUCCAAUUACAGGUGAAAAAGGUCCAGUCUCUGAGUGGCUUGCCAGAACUUUGGUUUGUCAGAAGUGUUUCAACUUGAAACAUUACAAUGAACCCUUUCCCAUCACAAUAACCUCAAGCGAGGUAAUGGAGUACGUGGGACACAUAGAAAGAAGAAAAGGAUUGAUUCUCUAUGUUGUAGACAUGAUGGAUCUUCCUGGAAGUCUUUUUCCGAAUCUUCUUCAAACUGUGGGUGAAGCAAAAAGGAUCAUUAUUGUUGGCAACAAAGCUGACAUGCUUCCAGUGGAAGGAACACAUACUGGAAAACAAGAACGACAUUUAAAAGAAGUACUCUUUAAAAUGUGCCAAGCUCAUGGCUUGGAAGGUGCCAACAUUAAGAGUAUGUGCCUGAUCAGUGCCAAAACUGGUUAUGGUAUAACACAACUUGUGAGAAAAAUCAGCGAACACUGGGAUGACAAGGGAGACAUUUAUCUUAUUGGCUGUAGCAAUGCUGGAAAAACGUCACUAUUUAACCUGUUGUUGGAUUUCUUUAGUGUUCAUAAGAAUGCUGACUUAUUACAGAGGGCUACAGUUAGUUUAUGGCCAUGCACCACACAAAGGAUGAUAAGGUUUCCUAUUGGUCACAUGAUGUUAGGGAAGUUGUUGAGAAGAUUGCAUGAAGGUGUUUAUGAGCAAAAGCCUGAUGAUAUAGAAUAUCAAAUUGAUGAUGAGAUCAUAUCUAAAGAAGAAACAAGCUACCGAGAUAAAAAGAAGAAAAGUUCUAUUGGAAAGGGAAGUUCAACAGCAAUAGUUCCUUCACAAACAGGGCUUCAAACUUUUAAGCCAAGUUUUGUGAUGUAUCAACCAAACAGGAACCAGAGAUGGCUGUAUGACACACCAGGAGUUAUUAGUGAAAACCAGAUCACAAAUCUCUUGACCAUGGAAGAGCUAAGACGCUUGAAUCCAAAACUGUGGUUUGUGCCCAGGACCUUCAUUCUUAAACCGGGCUUUUCCUUACUGCUUGGUGGCCUGGCCAGAGUGGACUAUCUUGAGAUAAAAAGACAGAGUCAAAAUGGUGAAUGGGAUGCCAUUCCAAAGGCAAUCGAGUCUAUUUACUUUACUGUGGUCGCUUCUCCUAAUUUACCAGUCCAUAUCUGUAGUGAGGAACGUGCUGUUGAAGUGUACGACAAACACGCUGGGACUGAACUACUUGGGAUACCAGUUGGUGGUAAAGAGCGCAUGGAAACGUUUCCCCCGCUUGGAUCACAAGAAUUCACCAUUAAGGGAAUAGGCUGGGACACGAGUGCUGCUGAUGUGGUUCUGUCCAAUGUUGGUUGGGUGGCUGUAACAGCAGGCAAUGAUUCGUUAGUGACGCUGAAAGCUCACACUCCUAAUGCAGUUGGACUUCAUGUCCGACAGCCGCCUUUGCUACCAACUAGUGUUAAAGCACGAGGUAAGCGUGGAGUCAGUUAUCAAGGGCACAUCUGUCCUGACCGAUACGAAGCCACGCGGAGAAGGAACCCUCAGUUUAUAACCAAAGCACGGGGGCUGAUACCUGCAGAAUCUCAGUGGGCAAAGGAGAUUACAAGUAAAAGAAAAGAACAGAGACUUCUAUUCAAAGUUGAAAGGCGAAAGAGAGAGAAGGAAUACAAGUUACUGGAGGGGAGCGCUGUUAGCGAUCCUCCAUACAUACCAGGAGCAUCGUGGCUUCCUCUUCCUAGGAGUAAGUUAGAAGAGGCCGAAGAAGAGGAGGAGGAACUAAAGAAACUGACUGAAUAAACCUCGUAUUGAUAA